AUGGCUGCAACGAAGGAGGGCCAGAAGCGGCUUUCCCUAUUCGGCCUCAUAAAAGAGAUCUUCAAUUGGUAUCCCUCCAGUUACCCUGCAGCCGAGAGAAAGCUGUUAUUCAAGUUGGAUCUUUCUAUCCUAAUAUUUGCCUGUCUAUGCUUCUUCGUGAAAUUUCUAGACCAGACCAACAUCAGCAAUGCCUAUGUCAGUGGUCUCAAGGAAGAGUUUGCUCUAUACGGAAACGAGCUCAACUUCUUUAACGUCUGGUACUAUGUGGCCUACGUCAUCUUCCAGAUCCCGGGCAUGCUCCUGAUAUCGCGGCCUCAGCUGUCGCGUUGGCUGCUACCCGCCCUCGAGGUCCUCUGGGGCAUCGUCACGUUUGCCCAGAGCCGCGUCACCAACGUUGAGCAGAUCUACGCGUGUCGCUUCCUCAUAGGCAUGCUGGAGGCUCCCGUAUUCGCCGGGACGCACUUCAUCCUAGGCUCCUGGUACAGCGGUCCCGAGCUCUUCAAGCGAGCCGGAACCUGGUUCAUAUGCAACCCGCUGGGGACCAUGGUCAGCGGGUAUCUGCAGGCCGCGGCGUACACAAAUCUCUCUGGCGUGGGCGGGCUGUCAGGUUGGAGGUGGCUCUUCAUCAUCGACGGCAUAUUCACCCUCCCGGUCGCCUUCAUUGGCUUCGUCGUCUUCCCUGGGAUACCGGACUCGCCGAAGCCGUUCUACUUCACCGACGGCGACAUUGCGCUCGCCAAGGAGAGGCUAGCAAAGGCCAAGGUCCGGAAGCCGGGCAAGCUGGGGCUGGACGUCUUCAAGCGCACGCUUCGGCGCUGGCACAUAUGGAUCUUCGUAUUCUGCUACAUAUGUAUGAUCAUCUCCGGGUAUCCGAACGCAUACAUGAACCUCUGGCUCAAGGAUGAGGGCUACUCGGUCGUCCAGAUCAACCAGCUCCCCACCGUCACGCAUGCUAUUAAUAUCGUGACGUCUUGGCUUGGCACCACUCUCGCUGCCAUCUACCCUUCGUGGACCGUCUACACAGGGGCUACCGCGGGGAUUGUGUUCUCCAACAUAUGUAUGAUCGUUUGGAGAAUCCCGAAACCACUGAUGUUUGUAUCAUGGUACCUCUUCGGUUUGUCGGGGUGCUUAAGCCCCAUCCUGUACUCUACCGUUAAUACGGUGGUGAAAGCUGACUCAGAGGAGAGAGCACUCAUCAUGGGAGCGAUGAUGACCUUUGGCUACUCGUUUUACAUCUGGGUCCCUUUGCUGCUGUUCCCGACAGUCGGCCCCAACGGCGCGCCUAGGUGGCGGGUCGGUUGGCCCGUCGCGCUCGUCUUCCACGUACUACUAUGGGCCGGGUUCGUCGCGGCCAUUCUGCUUCAUCGCCGAAAGUGA